UUGAAUUUCCCGGUCUUCUAACGGUCAGGUUGCUGCUUUGCUUCUCAAAACCGUUACUUCGUCAAAUUAACAAUCAGACGACAAAGAACACGGAGCUGAGAUUACCAAAAAACUUUUCCUGGUCACUUUUGUGCGAUUUGUGUGUGAGGACUCUUUAGUUGUACUUUUGAACGCAGACUGAACGUUGAGCUACAUCAUUGGAAAGGUGAUCAUGUUCAGCAACAAGGAAGUGGAAAACAGCGUGGUUUCAGCCUCUCUUGAGGUGCUGAUCCAACACUUGGAUUACUACCCUGAUAAGCCGUACAUGUUCAACUUCCUGUUGAGUUCACGCCUCCUCCUGCAGCCGUAUGAGCUCAUGACACAAGUUUGUCACAUGUGUGAGCAGCAGAAGCGUCCUGUAGACCACCUGCUAGAUGAGAUACGUUUCUACGAAGUGGCGAAGAAGUUGCUGCACCUGCUGACCGAGUGGACCGAAAAGUUCCCGUAUGACUACAAAGAUAAGCGAAUGAUGCGUUGUCUGAGAAACAUGACGCACGACCUGGCCGGCGAGGACGAGUAUUCAUGGCGAGACAUGAUGGAAACGACCCGGCGUCUUACCAAACGCCUGUCAGCACUUGACCUGUAUGAAGAAGCUGCACUGAACCUGGCAGCCAAGCCAAAUGGCAUCCUCAGUGUGUGCCAUGACCCGGUCAUCCUCGCCCAGCAGCUCACACACAUUGAACUGGACAAGAUGAGUUUUAUUGGGCCUGAGGAAUUCCUCCAGCCAUUCGCCAGGAAGGCACCCAAGGCUAAAGGUCAGAGCAGCAGAGUUGAGUCGUACAUGGAGUGGUUCCACACACUAAGUUCCCUUGUGGCCACUGAGAUCUCUAUGCCAAUGAAGAAGAAACAGCGAGUGAAGGUGGCAGAGUUCUUCAUGGACGUGGCUCAGCAGUGUUUGGACAUCGGCAACUUUAACUCCCUAAUGGCUAUCAUUGCUGGAAUGAACAUGAAAUGUGUUUCCAAGAUGAAAAAUAACUGCAAGAAAGUCUACAUUAAAAAGUUUCAACUCCUAGAGCACCAGAUGGACCCGUGCAAGAACUUUGAGAAGUACCGCACCGUGCUGUGCGAGGCUGCUGAGGAGUGCAACCCUGCAGACAGCUUCCUUGACAACAUGUUCAUACCUUUCUUCAGUCUUCUCAUUGAAGACUUCCGCCCUCUGGAUAUAGACUUUGCCAACAUGCGUCGUAAGAACGAACACAUUAAGAACCUCUGGGAUAUUUCAAAGCCGGUCAGUGACUUUGUGCUCUGGCGUCAGGCCAUCUGUCCAUUCAGCAGAGAUGACAAUGUCCUCCAGUACGUCAUCACAACACCAGUCUUCACCGAAGAAGAGCUCCAUCGGACCUCUAAUGAGAGCAGAGGCAACGUGGAAAAGGACAACCGCCGAUCUUUUAAAAGAGCCUUCAAAAGAUUCUUUAAACUUCACUAAAAUCAAUAAAU